AUGGAAAAUGCGACGAUAUCGCAAGCGCAUGGCGCUGGAAGUAGCGAGCCGUCAGUCGAAGGGCUCUUGGUCCUUGUUAUCGACACGAAUCCCGUGCACUGGUUUGCUCAAGGAGCUGGUGCAGCUGAUCGCGCCGGUCUGCAGCGCCUCAUCUCCAGCACUUUGGUGUUUGUGAACUCGUACCUGCUGCUGCACCGCAGUAAUCGGAUUGUUAUUAUCGCGGCUCAUGCUGGCAAGAGCGCCAUGUUGUACCCGAAUCCAGAGCAAGAAGACACUUCAGGGAGUGCAGAGCAGGCUGCAAAGGUCAAUGCUGGCGUCAUGCAACGUCUACAAGAGCUCAGCGACGCUCCACUAGACCCUGCCAAGCCAAAUCGAACAGCCAUUGCGGCAUCAUUGUCAAGGGCCCUCUGCUUCAUCAACCGUGCCAUUCAUGAGGACCCGGAACUGCGACCACGGAUCUUGGUCAUCCAGAAAUCUCCCGAUGUGUCGGAGCAUUAUAUCGCCAUCAUGAAUGGCAUUUUCUCGGCUCAGAAGAAGAACGUGGCAGUCGACGCGUGCAUCCUUUCGUCCGAGCAGUCGUCGUUCAUGCAACAGGCAGCCUAUCUUACGGGUGGUAUCUACUACAAGCCCGACGACCACAGUGGUUUGCUCCAGUACCUGAUCGCAAUCUAUCUGCCGGAUCCAUCCAUGCGCAAGUUGCUCAAGCUGCCAUCGCAAGACUCGGUCGACUUUCGUGCCAUGUGCUUUUGCCAUCGAGAGGUGAUCUCGACAGCGUUCGUCUGUCCCGUGUGUCUUUCUCUGUUUUGCGAGUUCCGACCGAUCUGCUCCACCUGUGGCAUCCGCAGCCACAUCCAGCCGAAGAAAACAGGUAUGCUCAAGACACGUUCGCGCUAUGAUUAA